UUCGUUCUUUCUCCAGGCUGCACCCGCAGUUCCUCACCACUACCCAACCACCGCUGCACACUCGUUCUAAAGCAUAGUAGCCCAUCAUGGACGUCUUCUGGACCCUUCCGCCGGUCACACGGACCAUCACUGCUGGCGCCGUCAUCGUGUCGGCUUUGGGGUUCGCCGGGAUCCUCAACCUCAGCCGGUUCAUAUUCGCUUCGCAAGUUGUGUUUACGACCAAGAUGAUGCCGCAGGUGUGGCGCAUAUUCACAGCUUUCCUUAUAACGAAGCCGAAGUUUGCUAUUCUCCUGGAUCCGUACUUUCUGUACCAGUACGGCAGCGGAUUGGAGCGAGAAUCGUCGCGGUUUUCACAACCUGGCGACUUCUUCAUGUACACUGUGUUCGUUGGUUCGGUCAUAGUGGCUCUUGCAGGCUACAUCCUCGACGCCUUUACCUUCCUCCCCGCCCUAUCCCUCGCCUACGCGUACACGUACGCCCAAGACAAUCCCACGCGCCAGGUUUCGUUCUUCAUCAUAAGCUUCGAUUCGAAAUUCCUCCCGCUGGCCAUGUUGUUCAUGACACUCAUUAUCGACGGACCUCAGUUCGCUCUUCCGCAAGCAACCGGCCUCCUCGCCGCGCAUCUAUACGACUUCCUCACCCGUAUCUGGCCCACGUUCGGUGGAGGCAGGAAUUAUAUAUCCACACCUGCGAUAGUGAAGCAGUGGUUUGGUGGAGCGCCUGGAGGUGUCCAGCAGAGGGCCUAUGGCACAGCUCACCAAGCAAGGGGGAAUAAUCCCCCGCCCACGGGUCGUAGCACUGGGGCUCAGUGGGGUCCGGGACGUCGGCUUGGGGACUAAGACACGUUGACGGUAUGGGGAUCGGGAUGUUUACAUGAUACCAUUUGGGUUUGGGAGGCAUAGCAUUAGGAGUCAGGAUUGGGUCAGGGUCAACUCUUUGGAUGGCGUUCAGCGACCUAUUCGAAGGCAAUGCUAUAUUAUUAUGCAUCAGCAAUUAUUUAACUUCCUAUCAUACAG